AUGACUCGUGAAAUUGAUGGACUUAGCAAUGGUCGAGAUGUUUUAAUAGGAAAUACUAGUAAUAAUCCAGUAGUAACACAACCGCCACCACCUUAUCAACCUCCACCAGUGAGAAGAGUUGAAAGUUUUCCCUCAAGCCGACCUCACAGUGGAACAAAUGGUUAUGGCCCUUCACUGACUCGAUUCUGUUCAAUGUUUGGAAGAAUACCCACUCAUGAGGAAGAGAGUCCUACCAGUCUGAGCCCUCCACCUCCUCUGGACGGAAGCUUAACCAACGAAUGGGUGUUUCUUCCAAACUAUCAGAAUGUAAUGCACGAACGACCAGAAGAACGCACCUGGACAUGCUCAGUUUGCACAUUUGCAAAUCACGAAGCCUUGGAAGUGUGCGAAAUGUGUGAGAUGCCAAGAAACCGUGUCUUAGAGGCUCGAGCGUGACACGGGCGUGACAUUUUAGCCAGAAAACUUUGGCGGGAUCAGAGUUUGACGCAGCAUCUUGAUAAAUUAAUGACAACAUAUGAACAGGAGUAUGAAGUCUUUUCAUAAGUUAUUGUCAACGUUUGAAGUAUUUGAAAAUCUAAAUGGCGUCGACGUACAGGUUAUUGUUACAAAAGACAACUUUCUUUACAUCUGGUAGCCCUUGGUUUGUAACUACAAUGAAACUAAGAAAGUAUCCAAAUAUGUGAUUUAUUUUUCACGUGCGCAAUGAUGUGUUGCUUUUUCACCACUGAGGUG